UAUGCUGCUCUUGUUGUUUCUCUCACUAUUAAAUGUAAACUCACAUCGCUCCAUUACUGCAUUUCUUCUUGAAUUCAAUUCAAUCUCGUUUUCAUUCUUCAUUCCUCUAUCCUCGAUAAGCUCGUAUAGAAACUUGAACCAAAGCACCUUCAGAAAAUUAAAAACGCCAUUGAAGAAGUAGUGAACAAUUUUGGUGUGCUCAGUGAAGAAGAAGGCACAUUGGGAGAGUUAUUGAAGCAACAGUGUCGUUUCUUUGAAGAAGGAAAAGGAUGUUAGUGAUGAGGAAAAGACUAGCUUGCUGCACCAGGACAUCCAAAAUUAGCACUGACUUUGAUCAUGACCACCAAGCCAGGAUUAUGACAUAUGAUGGCCUUGAGAGUUGCAUUCUUGACAACCAAUCUUCUGAAGAUGAAAGCAGAACUAGCAGAGGAGAUGGAUGUAUAACCGAUUCAUUCAAUGACGAAUGGGAACUCUCUCAGAGUCCUCAACAUUUUUAUGUCAAAGAGAAGCCUGCUUAUGCUAUGCAGUGUUCGGAUGUGGAAGCCAUGAGAGAAAAGUUCUCAAAGUUGCUGCUAGGUGAUGAUAUUACAGGAGGAACUAAGGGCCUCAAUACAGCUUUAGCUUUGUCUAAUGCCAUCUCUAGCCUAUCAGUGACGGUGUUUGGCGAGUUGUGGAAAUUGGAACCGUUACCUGAAGAACGGAAGAGCAAAUGGCAAAGAGAAAUGGACUGGUUGCUGUCUCCUACAAACUAUAUGGUUGAGUUGGUUCCUGCAAAGCAAAAUGCUGCCAAUGGUGGAAUCUUUGAGAUAAUGACCCCGAAAGCUCGUUCUGAUGUCCACAUGAAUCUUCCAGCACUUCAGAAAUUGGACUCUAUGCUUAUUGAGACACUAGAAUCCAUGGUGAAUACUGAGUUUUGGUAUGAAGAGGGAGGAAGCCGGGCAGAAAGGAGGAGCACGAGUGUAAGACAAAGCAAAAGAUGGUGGUUGCCCUCACCCCAAGUACCAAGUACUGGGCUUUCGGACACUGAACGAAAGAGGUUGAUUCAUCGGGGAAGGGUGGUACACCAAAUAUUCAAGGCUGCCAAAUCGAUAAAUGAUAAUAUUUUGCUUGAAAUGCCUGUUCCAACAAUUAUUAAAGAUGCACUUCUAAAGUCUGGAAAGGCAAGCCUGGGAGAGGAAUUGCACAUGGUUUUGACAGCUGAAUCAAGCAGUGGAGAAGAAAUGCUCAAGUAUCUUAAUUUAAAAACUGAACAUAAAGCCUUAGAGACUGUUAAUAAAUUAGAAGCUGCUAUGUUUUCAUGGAAAGAAAGAAUGAGAAUUACACAAGAAGAUAGUGGCAAGUCCCCACUACGAACCUCAUGGCCUUUCAUGAAGGACUCCAUGCCAAGUACCGAAAAGGUGGGGCUGUGGUUGGACCGUGCACAAACUCUUUUAAAGCUGCUUAAAAGUAGAUACCCAAACCUUCCUCAAACAUUUCUUGAUGCUGCCAAAGUUCAGUAUGGCAAGGAUAUUGGGCAUUCCAUUCUGGAAGCAUAUUCCAGAGUUCUUGCAAGUUUAGCCUUAAGCAUACUAUCUAGAAUAGGGGAUAUACUGCAGGAGGAUGCUUUAAGCAAUCCGAAUUCCCCCAUGGCAUCAAUUAAUUCUUACUCUCCUGGGACAAGUCUUUCAGAAUCUUGGGUGGCUAGCUCACAUGUCAAGCACUCGUUGAUUGAUAAGAUGAACAAGGCAGAUGUACAGUACUGUGAAUCUAGCUGCGAUAGUAAUUCUGAUUUAGAGCUUUCAUCUGCAGAGGCCAAAGCCAACUCUGUAACUAGCACACCAAGCCGUAAUCGAGUUUGGUGCAUUGGUAGAGAGGCUUGUAAAAGUGUGUCUCCCUGAAUAUCCCCAUAGGAGGGUUUUGGAGCCUAAUUUUGUAUAUGACUAAAUGUUGAUAAUUGUUGUUAACAUAUGCUUAUUAUUAAUGCAAGCAAAUUAAUAGAUUUUGCCUCAUAAA